AUGGGUUCCCAGGGGAAUGGUGGUGUGGUGUGGUGUCUCCUGCUCGCCGGGCUCCUCCUGGUGGCUGUGGCGGCCGCGGAGGUGGAGGCCGGGCGGGACCCGAGGGAGGAUGUCGAGUGGUGCAAGAAGGACUGCGAUUGGAAGGGCGUGCAUGUGGCGCAGUGCAAGAAGCAGUGCCAUGAGAAGUACGGCCAGCAGGAGGAUGCCGUCAUCAAGGAGGUGAAGACCGAGCGGGAGGAUCUCGGACGGUGCAAGACGGAAUGCGAGCGGAUGGCUGGACAACAGCAACAGGUGGCGCAAUGCAAGAAGCAGUGCCACGAGAAGUACGGCCAGCAGCAAGAGGAGAGCCACGGUGGCGAGUGCGAGUCCCGCUGCCAAAAGGAAUGCCAGCACCACACCCACGACUACGAGAGGAAGCAGUGCAUCCGAGACUGCAAAGAGAAGCAGCGCGGUGGCGGUGGCAGCGGCGCCGGUGGCCGUGGCCGCGAGGGCGACGAGCGCCAGCACGCCUGGGAGACGGUGGCUGCAGCCAUCCUUCACGCGGUGUAA